AUGGACAACGACCUCUUCGCCUUUUUUUUAAAAGAUGGCAGUAGCUCAGAUGUGGAAUACGCUACCUGGGAGACAAUCGAGCUGCAGUCCGAGAUUGCAGUUGCAAGAGCAGAGAUCGAAGGUCGCCAUCUAGCCUUCCGCCCAUUCUUGCAGAAUCGCCUGGACAAAACCCUGAAGCAUCUCAAGCUGAGGAACGCGCCCACCAAGCUUUAUCGUGAUAUUUUCUACACUUUCACACCACUCUCCUCAUCUCGUCCAUCGUUUCCAACCCAUCAUCCAAGCUUCGCCACUUGA